AUGGCCCUCACACUUGUACUUUGUCAGCUGGACCAAGCUUCCCCCGGGGCCUUGACUCAUGAAGGCAACAACGACGCAGAAGGUUCACUGAUACAAGUAGAGCUUGCGGAUGAGCAGGACCAGCGUCAUCUCGAGGCCAGAUUACAGGAAGCAAAGGUGCAGGAGACGAAACUCCAACGGACCAUUUCUUCGAUCCAAAAGGACAAUCGCGCGCUCAAGAAGAAGUACGACAAGUCGCAAACAAGCCUUGAGUGCGCGGAGAGGGAGUGCAAGUGUCACAAAUGGCAGGAGCUCAAGACGUACGUGCACCAGCAACAAGCCGCUCGUAAUAAAGAAUCCUUUCUGUACUUGAUGGAGGUGCGAAGGAAACUUCUGACGAUAGCGCAUUUCGCACGCGUCAUGCCUCUGCAGACGUCGCCUGAUAGCAUCAAUUAUCUUUUAACGGCCGUGGCAGAAUGCUUUUCUGCUCAAGCAAAGGCAAAUGCGACGAACCCCGACGAAGGCGACAAUAUGAAGAUUCCCGACGAAGUGAGCAAGGCUGAAGGGAGUUGGUUGGAUCAGGGGGAUCGGUAUACGGAGGUGGAACGCGCGUCCGGGGCCUGUCUAGAGGCGAAAACAGGACAGGAAUACGGGACCCUCCUCGCAGAAUUGCAGGCUUAUGAAGACGCACUCUCUGAAAAGACGGAGUUAGCGCAGCUUGCGGCAAUGAUGCGAGAGGAAUUAGAGCGGCAGGUAGCGUCGAGGGAGAAUGCAGCGGUGGAAUACCAGCAACAGAAUGAGGCUCUAGAAGCACAUGCAGCGGAGCUGCUUCGGUCGAAAAUAGGACUUGACGCAUCCGUCGCUGGUCUGCAAAACAUUGUGGCCGAUCGCGAAAGAAAGGUCGAGCUCGCCGAAGGGCGGGCGACUGAGCUUGCAGAACAGAAUGCCCUCCUUGCGAAUGACGUUGAUAUGCUCCGGCGCGACGUUACCUCCAGUCGGCUGGAAACAGAGGCUGCCGUGAGCAAAUGUUCCGUCCUUCAAGCACAGCUUCGAGCUUUGGUGGAUGGACGUGGGAGCGAGAUGGUACUAUAUGAGAGUACAUCAAGUGCGAGGAAACACGAGCCCGACGAGUCUGACAAGUCAGAGCUCGGUCAUUGGACACUUGAGCGCAGCAUCGAAAUGAGUGGAUCAAAGGCGCAGGCCGGCGGUGCACCCACUGUGCAGUCUGUCGUGUCAUCUACCGCAGGGGACUACAUUCACUCAAACCCUUCGCGAUCGCUGUCGGAUCCGGACCUAUGGUAUAUGAUUGGUGCCCUGCAGCGCAGUCUCCUUGAGCGCGAAAAAGAGCUUCAGCUCACCAGGAGCCAACGCAAGGUCAAUUGGCUGCAAAUUCGGUACCAAGCGAGUAAUGUCGUGCAGAUAUCCGACGGGAACGCUGCACAAGGGCACCAGGGUGGCGGCCUUGCACAAACGGCUGACUUGUUGCAGCGGAACCUCGCUGCCGACGAAGGAGGCACAAAUACACCUGAAUCCUGGGUAACGAUACCGAGCAUCGAGAUACAGUCACGGCUCGAGAGGGAGACCAACGCGCUGCAGACGGCCGAAGCACGGGUGUCGACCCUCGAGAAGGCGAACGCCGAACUGCAGGCGCAGAUCGAGGAAGAGACUGGCACGCUGCAGGCGAAGAGAGAGGAGGAGACCAGCGCGCUGCGGGAGAGGCUGGAGGAAGAGACUAACGUGCUGCAGGCCCGGGCGUCAGCCCUCGAGACGGCAAACGCUGAGCUGCAAGCGCGGAUCGAGGAAGAGACUGGUGCGCUGCAGAAGACCGAGGCACGGGCAUCGGCGCUGGAGAAGGCGAACGCCGAACUGCAGGCCCUUCUCGAGGAAGAGACCAGCGCGCUGCAGGCGAAGAGAGAGGAGGAAACCAAUGCACUGCAUGACGUCCAAGCACAGGCGUCGGCCCUCGAGAAGGCGAACGCCGAGCUGCAGGCACAGUUCGAGGAAGAGACUGCCGCGCUGCAGGCGAGGCUGGAAGAGGAAACCGACGCACUGCAUGCCGCCCAAGCACGGGCGUCAGCCCUCGAGACGGCGAACGCUGAGCUGCAAGCGCGGAUCGACGAAGAGACCGGUGCGCUGCGGAAGGUCGAGGCCCGGGCGUCAGCCCUCGAGACGGCGAACGCUGAGCUGCAAACGCGGAUCGACGAAGAGACCGGUGCGCUGCGGAAGGUCGAGGCCCGGGCGUCAGCCCUCGAGACGGCGAACGCUGAGCUGCAAACGCGGAUCGACGAAGAGACCGGUGCGCUGCGGAAGGUCGAGGCCCGGGCAUCAGCCCUCGAGACGGCGAACGCUGAGCUGCAAGCGCGGAUCGAGGAAGAGACUGGUGCGCUGCAGAAGACCGAGGCACGGGCAUCGGCGCUGGAGAAGGCGAACGCCGAACUGCAGGCCCUUCUCGAGGAAGAGACCAGCGCGCUGCAGGCGAAGAGAGAGGAGGAAACCAAUGCACUGCAUGACGUCCAAGCACAGGCGUCGGCCCUCGAGAAGGCGAACGCCGAGCUGCAGGCACAGUUCGAGGAAGAGACUGCCGCGCUGCAGGCGAGGCUGGAAGAGGAAACCGACGCACUGCAUGCCGCCCAAGCACGGGCGUCAGCCCUCGAGACGGCGAACGCUGAGCUGCAAGCGCGGAUCGACGAAGAGACCGGUGCGCUGCGGAAGGUCGAGGCACGGGCAUCGGCGCUGGAGAAGGCGAACGCCGAACUGAAGACGCUUCUCGAGGAAAAGACUAACGUGCUCCAGGCGAAGCGCGGGGCGCUGCAUGACGCACAAGCACGGGCGUCAGCCCUCGAGGAGGCAAACGUCGAGCUGCAAAUGCGGGUCGACGGAAUUAGGGCGCUGCAGGCGAAGCGCGAGGAAGAGAUCAGCGCGCUGCAGGCGAGGCUCGAGGAGGAGACCAGCGUGCUGCAGAAGGUCAAGGCGCGGGCAUCGGCGCUGGAGAAGGCGAAUGCCGAACUGCAGACCCUGCUCGAGGAUGAGACCAACGCGCUGCAGGCAAAGCGCGAGGAGGGGACCAGCGCACUGCGGAUGGUCGAAGCACAGGUGUCGGCCCUCGACAAGGUGAACGCUGAGCGGCAGGCGCGGAUCGGCGGGCUGCAAGCGAAGCGCAAGGAGGAGGCAGGCGCGCUACGGAAGGUUGAGGCAUUGGCUUUCGAGAUGACGAACCUCGAAGUGCCGGCGAGGCUGAAGAAGAAUUCUGGCACGUUUCCAGAGCAACAGCGGGAUAGUAACCCUCAGCGCUCUGAGACUGUUACGCGUGUCCUUGCUCUGCAACAAGUGGGCCAUGCGAAGGCAAGCGAGACUUCCAGCGCUCGCGCUGUCCAGCACGAGCAAGGAACCACAGUCGUCAAACAGGAGCAUGAUUUGUCAUCUGACGUGCUGAGUCGACAGCCUGAUUCAGUACGGGAACUGGAAGAUCGACUAGGUGCCGCGGAGCAGCCCUACCGGGCUGAUGCCAUGGGACGCCAGAAGCGAAGCGACGGGCUUGCAUAUACAUCACGCUCGUGCGAGCCUACAAAGGACGUCGAAGCAGAUGCCAAAGCCCUGCGCGCAGAGCGGCAAGCCCUUGAGAUCGAAAAUGUCCGCUUGAGGAAGCAACUUCAGAAGGAGCCGACUGUGGAAAAGUCGUGCCCCCAAUCAUCCUCGAUGCUCACAUCUGCUCCAUCGACAAGGAAUUUGGCAGGGCGCAUGCAACCGCGUAUUCAUGAGCCAGUCACCGGUCAACUGCGCACCAAUGAACCGGAUAGGCGACCGUCAAGUCUGCGACGGCAGAAUUCCUUCGUCAGCACUCGCGAAUCGCUUUCAAGUGUAGACAUCUUGGCAGAAUUGCAAGCGUCCAAGACCCAGAUUCGAAGGAGAUGA